GUGUGUGCGUACAUAUAUCAUGAAAUGGGAUUUGCCACUCACUUAUGCUCUGCACCUAACCAACGUCCAUGUGGCCUUGCCUGCCUGCCUCCCAACCACAACACUGCCGCUCUUCCCAUUCCUCCUCAUCUUCACUGCAAACUCUAUUCAUGUGCCAAAUCAUUCAUCAUCUGUGCAUCUGGUGAGCUCAUCAUCAAAUAAUGUUGCAGAAAAUGGCCAUUUCCUGGAUUUGGUGAUUUGGUGAUUUGGUCAAGUGGAAAAGUUUAUAUAUUAUUAAUAGGAAAUUAUUUUUAUAGUGAUUAAUAUGAAAAAAUCUAUGUAUUAAUGAAUAAGAAACUUUCAACCUCAGACUAAAAACCGUUGUCUUUCUUUUUUUGGUGAAUAAAUUACAAAAUAAAUUCAAUCUUUCUUUCAUUAUUAUACACAAAACAUUAAUGUGUAUGCAAAAUUGACACUAAAUACAUUUGAUAAGUAAUCUGUGUCAAAUAUCGUUUUAAAAAUGUGAUGAAAUUUUUCUAUGGCAUUAUUAUUAUUAUUAUUAUUAUUAUUAUUUUGUGGAUUGAAAAUUCCAUGGAAUAAAAACAAGAAAUCACGUAAAAUAGACCAUAUAUAUAUAUAUAUAUAUAUAUAUAUAUAUUUCGGCCAAAAUUAACGAGUGCCACAAGAGGUACUUGCAAAUUCUUUGGUGAUACAUGAUAAUUUUCGAAAUUCUUCUGUCUUUUCAAGACUUUGUGAAUUAGACAAAAACAACAUUAUAAGUAUGGCAAGAAUAGAAGAUAUUGUUUACAUGCUCAACAAAGCACCUUUCAAUUAUUCUAUUUCAUUUUUAGAAUUUAGUCAGAGUAAUUCGUUGCAAUUACAAAAGUUGGUCCUAUACGUGUUAUCAAUUAUUCACCCUAAAAAUAGCCAGAAUUUGGAUUCAAAUGAAGAAAAGAUAGCGUGGAUGUUGGAUGUUCUGAGAAUGCUCAAUUAUCGUCCCAAAAAUGAUAGCUUGGUAUUUCAACAAGGUCUUGUAGAUGGAAAUACAAAUACAAUUUAUCCACUUCUCAUGUGGUUACUUCCUCAGGUAGAAAUGUUGAAGAAACGUGCAUAUUUGGCACCAUUUUUAAUUGACAUUGAUAUACCACCAGAGUUGAUAUUAGAAGAUGAUGUGAAUAUGCUGAAUACACAAUUUGACAUGUUAAGAGAGUAUUUCAAAACUACUCAUAAGCACCUACAAAGUAUACACAAAAAAGAAAAGAACUCAUCAACUUUGAAAAGAAAUGUGCAAGGCCUUGAAGUUGAAAGAAAUCAUUUAGAUGAACAAAUUCAAAAAUUCAAAACUGAACUACAGCAUGUGGAAAAAUUAAACGAAUAUUUGGAUGCAAUACAAACAUUACGUGAUGAAAAAAGUCAAUAUCUAUUUUUAGUUAAUCAAUUACAAGACCAAGAACAUAUACUUGCUCAAACAUUCAACCAUUCCAAAGUGGUGUCAAAGCUGCAUGAGGUUCAAGAAUUAGCAGGAAGUGAAAGCAUGUCUGCAAUGUUGCAGAAGAUGGCACAAGCAUGCUCAUUGCUGCAUUACCAGGCUGAAGAUAAACUGCCCAAGGAGAUGGAAAAAUCAAGACUUCACUUGCAAGCAUUGCAACAAGUAUUGGGCAACACUGACCCCAUGGAUCCUGCCCUCUCCCCCAUUCAGGCAAAGUUAGCACUCGUGAACGAUGAAUUGAAGGGUUUGAAGCGACGCAACGUGCAUGACCACGAUGGCAGUGGCUGUGGCGAGGGCAACGAGGUGCAGCGUCAACAGCUGCGAAUGACCUCCAUCGUUGCCAAUAAGAUUCGUGAUGCAUUCGACAGGCUUGCCGACCUCACCAAACAGCGCGACAUGCUCAUUGCCGAUCUUGAACAUAAGUUUCACUCCAUCGAAGAGGUGAAGGGGUCUGUGCGGCGAGGAGAAGAUUUGAAACAGUAUGUGGAAUUGCUGCGAGGGAAAAGUGCCACUUACAAGGCUCUGAAGAAAGAAUUGGACGAUAAGGCAACUGAUUACGGGGUUCUGGUUCGUACUAAGCGGCUUCUGGAGCAACAAGCUGCAGGUGAUGCUGAUGUUAGUACAUUUGAAGAUGGCAGCGCAGCUGUGUAUGAACUCAUUCAGUGCACUCAACGCCAGCUGGAGCAACAAGACGAGAUUUCCGUGGAUGAUUCUGCCACCAAUUCAAGCGAGGGACACGAAAAGAUGUGCAAAAAUGUAUGGAAGCGAAUCGCAGAACUUGAUACGAAAUUACAAGAACAACGAGCAAAAGUAGCUCCCCUUCUGAAACAGCUCAAGGAAGUGAGAACAACAUUACAAGACAUUGAGACUAAGAACGCAGAGCGAGAGGAGAAAUUCACCGAGACGUCAACUGUGUCUAAAAGGAAAUUGGCAGAGCUGGAAUCUGCUGUAAACGAGAGUAGCAAAAAACAUGAGGAUGAUUACAAACAGCUCCAAGAAUUGAAUCUUCACAGGGAACGACUUGAGACUACCCUGGACCAAUUGGCAUCUGAGUCGAAGAAUAAUAUUGUGAGCGAGGAGCUCGAGUCGAGAAUUCAACUGCAGGAGGAACUUGUAAAUGACUUGCAAAAAAAGCAACAAAAGCUCAAGGAAACAGAGCAUGAGCGCAAAGCGCAGCUAGUCAUUAUGCAAGACUUGCUUAAAUUUCUGGGAGCCAAGUUAGCCUUAUUCUCCUCAGACAUGAGACCUGCUAUUUACUCCACCAACUCUUCUCUUGAAAACGGGGUUGAAAAUGACCAGAGAUUCGGGAACUGAUGAAAAAUCAACCAUAUUAAUAGGAAUUUUAAACAAUUCAAAUAGAACGCGAGAAUGAAUCGGUAAUAAACCCUCAACCAUUUGUACCAUGAAAUAAAAAGAGCUUUUUUCGGAGAUCGGGGCAGGUCUUGAAUUCAAGAACCAGGUUCAGAUUAUAAAUACACUCGACAAAAAUGUAUACGGAACUUUCACAAGUUUCAGAUAGCCCCGAAAUGAUGUGAAUCCCAAAAACCAAUUUUACUAUAGUUUCUGUAUGCUAACACCACCAU